AUGUCGAUAAGAAAGAGCUUCUUGGGCUGCCUGAUGGUGGCUGUAGUAAUGGUGACGAUGCUCCACUCCGGCCGGGCGGACAUCGAGACAAACGAAGUGAACGAUCAAGAUGUGUACAUGCUGCAGGGAGUGCGGGUGUAUCCGAAUGACCGCCAGUGCGUGCUGGUCGGAGGACUGUGCGUGAAGACCAGCGACUGUACGGAGCCGACCAACAACAAGGGCCUGUGCCCCACCAGCGUGCACCAGGGCGUGGAGUGCUGCUACGAACUGCCGGUCAGACCAGCCCCCUGUGCGGAACACCUGGGAAUGUGCAUGGAUCGAUGCCAUCAGAGGCUCCUGAGACCUGGUACCGAUUGCGUUAAUGGACAAGUUUGCUGUGUUUUGAUUUAGUUAUAAAUAUUCUUACAUGCACACACACAUCUACACUUCUACACACCAAACACACACACACACACUUACAUAUAACAUGUAUUUAUUUAACUAUAUAUUAAUUACAUUGUACGAUCCACAUCACCCCGAACAGAGUGAAAUAUUUGACUGCUUCCAAUAAAUGCAUUGUAAAUAUUUUCAAAA